AUGGCCUUAGCCCUGCUUAGCUCCCUGUGUCUUCUCAUGAUUUGUUUGGCAGGUGGAUACGGACAAGAAGGGAAAUUCAGUGGCCCCUUGAAGCCCAUGACAUUCUCCAUUUUUGAAGGCCAAGAACCAAGUCAAAUAAUAUUCCAGUUUAAGGCCAACCCUCCAGCUACAACUUUUGAACUAACGGGAGAGACAGAUGACAUAUUUAUGAUAGAACAGGAUGGACUUCUGUAUUACACCAAAGCCCUGGACAGAGAGACAAGAGCAGUUCACCAUCUCCAGCUUGCAGCCCUGGAUUCUAAUGGAGCUAUAGUGGAGGGCCCAGUCUCCAUCACCAUAGAAGUGAAGGACAUCAAUGACAAUCGACCCACGUUUCUCCAGUCAAAAUAUGAAGGCUCAGUGAGGCAGAACUCCCGCCCAGGAAAGCCUUUCAUGUAUGUCAAUGCUACAGACCUGGAUGACCCAACCACUCCCAAUGGCCAGCUUUUUUAUGAGAUUGUCAUCCAGCUUCCCAAAAUCAACAAUGUCAUGUACUUUCAGAUCAACAACAAAACAGGGGCAAUAUCACUUACCCAAGAAGGGGCUCAGGAACUGAAUCCAGAUAAGAAUCCUUCCUACAACCUGGUGGUGUCAGUGAAGGACAUGGGAGGCCAGAACGACAACUCCUUCAGUCAUACCACAUCUGUGGACAUUACUGUGAGAGAGAACAUCUGGAAAGCACCAGAACUUGUGGAGAUUUUAGAAAACUCAACUGAUUCUUACCCUGUCAAAAUCACUCAGGUGCGGUGGAAUGACCCAGGCGCCCGAUAUUCCUUAGUCAACAAGGAGACGCUGCCAGUAUUCCCAUUCUCAAUUGACCAGGAAGGAGAUAUUUUUGUGACUCAGCCCUUGGACCGAGAGGAAAAGGAUGCGCACGUGUUCUUUGCCAUUGCCAAGGAUGAGUAUGGAAAACCACUUGCACCCCCAGUGGAUAUUCAUGUGAAAGUUAUCGACAUUAACGACAACCCACCAACAUGUCUGGAUAGGAGGACUGUAUUUGAAGUCCAGGAAAAUGAAAACUUGGGUAGCAGCAUUGGGAUCUUUACUGCCCAUGACAUGGAUGAAGAAAACACUAUCAACAGUGUUUUGAAGUACAAAAUCGCACACCAAACUCCCAAAGUGCCCGCAGAUGGACUCUUUAGCAUUGAAGAAUAUCAGGGAAAGCUCCAGUUAGCUAAACAGUCUUUGAAGAAGCAAGAUAAUCCUCAAUACAACUUAACGAUAGAAGUGUCUGACAAAGAUUUCAAGACCCUCUGUUUUGUACAAGUCAACGUAAUUGAUAUCAAUGAUCAGAUUCCCAUCUUUGAAAAAUCAGACUACGGAAGCAUAACUCUCCCUGAAGAUACAGCCGUUGGGUCCAUAAUCUUAAUCAUCCAAGCCACAGAUGCAGAUGAGCCAUUCACCGGAAGUUCUAAAAUCCUGUACCGCGUCGUACAGGGAGACACGGAGGGAAGGCUGGAAGUUGACACAGAUCCCCAAACCAAUGCUGGCUAUGUCAAGAUUAAAAAGCCUCUUGAUUUUGAAACAGAACCAGUUUCCAACAUUGUGUUCCAAGCGGAAAACCCUGAGCCUCUGGUGUAUGGUGUCGACUAUAAUGCCAGUUCUUUUGCCUCAUUCAAGCUAACUGUGACAGAUGUGAACGAAGCACCUGUAUUUCCCCAACACAUAUUCCAAGUGAAAGUCAGUGAGGAUACGGCAGUAGGCACUAAAGUGGGCAACGUGACUGCCAAGGAUCCCGAAGGUCUGGCCGUAAGUUAUUCACUGAGAGGCGAUAAGAGAGGUUGGCUUAAAAUCGACUCUGUCACUGGUGAGAUCUUUAGUGUGGCUCCGCUGGACAGGGAAGCUGAGAGUCUCUAUCGGGUACAAGUGGUGGCCACGGAAGUAGGUGGGUCUUCCUUGAGCUCCAUGGCAAAUUUCCACCUGGCACUUACAGAUGUGAAUGACAACGCCCCACGCCUCUCCAAGGACUAUACUGGUUUGUUCUUCUGCCAUCCCCUCAGUACCCCUGGGAGACUCGUAUUCGCUGCCGCUGAUGAUGACCUACCAUCGUUUCGGGGGCCCCAGUUUACAUUUGCCCUUGGCAGCGGAAGCUUACAAAAUGACUGGGAAGUUUCCAAAAUUAAUGGCACACAUGCUACACUCUCCACCAAGCACACGAACUUUGAGGAGAGAGUUUAUGAAGUCCCAGUUCGCAUCAGUGAUGGGGGCCGGCCACCCUUGGAAGCCACUGUUUCCUUACCAGUUACUUUCUGCACAUGUGUGGAAGGAAGCUGUUUCCGGCCAGCAGGUAGACAGAAUGGGAUACCCACUGUGGGCAUGGCGGUUGGUAUACUCCUGACUACCUUUCUGGUUAUUGGUAUAAUUUUAACAGUUGUAUUCAUCCGCAUAAGGAACAAUGGAGGCAAAGAUAAUGUUGAAAAUGCCCGAGCCUCGGAAGUUAGACCUCUGAGAAGCUGAAUUUGAAAAGCAAUGACUAUUUGUGCAUCAAACUGUUUAAUUUCAUAAUUUUACUUUUCAGUCAAAAUGUGAACUAUAAUUUUGACAGCUAGUCCCUCUUGUCUUUUAAUAUUUUACCAGUUAGAUAUUUCAUGUGCUAUAGACCUUAGAGAUAGUUUCCAUUUCCCUGUGACAAUGCCCAACACUGCAAAAGCCUUAGUUACUUAACCCAAACUUUCCCUUUUGAGGAACGAUGAGCUGAUUAAA